GGACUUCCGGACGACCUGCCAGUUUCUGCCCUCGGUGACGUCAUUGUGCAGGACCAGUUUACUGUGUGGGAGCCGAAACAGCUGAUCAAGAAGGGCAGAGAACGCAGAGUUUUUCUCUUUGACUUCUGUUUGGUCCUGGCCAAGGAGUGUCCUGUCGCGCCUGGUGACCACAAAAUGAACCUGUUUGUCAGUCGCGCCUCUCCGAACAUUUAUGCAUCUGCCCUCCGCUCCCCAGUUCCGCCUUACUCUGUGUGA